ACAAGAAAAGCCGCUUCAUUCUCCGCUGCCUGUCACUCUGCGUGCUGCCUCUUAGUCUAGCUUUGUAACUUUUAGCCUUUUUGUAGGUUUAAUUAACUUAUUUUCUUCUUUUAUUGUUUGCGUAUCUCUGAAACCGAAGCAGUAGCGAUGAUGUCUGCGCGCUCCCCUCUUUCAGUGAAGAACCAGCAGCCUCUCAGCAGUAAGAUGGGCAACAUGUCUCUAGACAAAGAGAACACGCCUCCGAGCCUGAACAGCACCCGGGUUCUGGCGUCCAAGACGGCGAGGAAGAUCUUCAGCGAGGCGCCGCCCAAAGCCGUGAAGACCAGCAGCUCCCAUGAAGCGGAGCCUCUGCUGCAGGAGAACCCGCGGCGCUUCGUCAUCUUCCCCAUCCAGUACCACGACAUCUGGCAGAUGUACAAGAAGGCCGAGGCCUCCUUCUGGACCGCCGAGGAGGUGGACCUGUCCAAGGACCUGCAGCACUGGGACUCCCUGAAGGACGAGGAGCGCUACUUCAUCUCUCACGUGUUGGCCUUCUUCGCCGCCAGCGACGGCAUCGUCAACGAGAACCUGGUGGAGCGCUUCAUGCAGGAGGUGCAGGUGACGGAGGCCAGGUGUUUCUACGGGUUCCAGAUCGCCAUGGAGAACAUCCACUCUGAGAUGUACAGCCUGCUGAUCGACACCUACAUCAGGGAGCCCAGCCAGAGGGAAUACCUGUUCAACGCUAUCGAGACUCUGCCGUGUGUGAAGAAGAAGGCCGACUGGGCGCUCAACUGGAUCGGCAACAAGAACGCCGCCUACGGUGAGCGUGUGGUGGCCUUCGCCGCCGUGGAGGGCAUCUUCUUCUCCGGCUCGUUCGCCGCCAUCUUCUGGCUGAAGAAGAGAGGCCUGAUGCCCGGCCUGACCUUCAGCAACGAGCUCAUCAGCAGAGACGAGGGUCUGCACUGCGACUUCGCCUGCCUGAUGUUCAAGCACCUGGUGAACAAGCCGUCGUCGGAAACCGUCAUGGAGAUCGUAAAGAACGCCGUGGAGAUCGAGCAGGAGUUCCUGACAGACGCUCUGCCGGUGAAGCUGAUCGGGAUGAACUGCGACAUGAUGAAGCAGUACAUCGAGUUCGUGGCCGACAGGCUGCUGCUGGAGCUGGGCUUCUCAAAGAUCUACAGGUCUGAGAACCCCUUCGACUUCAUGGAGAACAUCUCUCUGGAGGGAAAGACCAACUUCUUUGAGAAGCGAGUGGGAGAGUACCAGAGGAUGGGCGUCAUGUCGGGAACCACAGACAACACCUUCCGGUUAGACGCUGAUUUCUGACUCUGCCCUGAAUUGGUGCUCCGCUGCGCUGCGGCUGGCCUGGACUCAUUGACGCUGCGCAGAUUCAUCGCUACGCUCACAACAGCUGAGCCUGGGCCAGAAGUUUCUGUUUGUGCAGAAGCUAACAUAGUGUGGGAGCCACUUUAUGGACAUUCAUCUGUUUUUGUUUAUAGCCUUUUUUUAAAUAAAUGUUUUUUUAAAAUUG